AUGUCCACAACUACCUCCUCCGUCUCCUCCACAUCCACCGCCUGCACGGCAAAUGUCUACCAACUCCCAACAACAGAUGCAGCCUGCGCGGCCGUCAACACAGGCAACAUGACAACUGUCUUCGACACCUGCUGCAAAGGCAACAGCCCCGUGAAAUACGAAAACGACUGCGGCAUCUACUGUCUCGCCCAAGAGCAGACCGUUGAAAAACUUCUGUCCUGCCUCCAGACAACAGGAAACAACUACCGCGAUGUCUUCUGCAAUGACAAACUGAAUGCGACUGCGACUGCCAAGGCGACUACCACUGCGUCCGAGACCGGGACGAAGACUGAAACAUCUUCUACUUCGACCACUACAUCGACGAAGAACGCGGCUGCUGGACAGCCUGUUUCGACCAUGGGACUAGGUGUCCUUGCCAUGGUGUUGUUCUCGGGCGUGAUGGGUGUCUUUGCUUGA